AUGAACAAAUUAGAUAGUGGCAAAUAUUUCCUGAAAAAUCUCCCUUCCAUGAUACUGGAAAUUAGGGAAUUGCUGAGUAAACAAAUAUAUAUGGGCAAAGAAACAUGCGCACCCUUCUACAGCGGCACAGAAACAGGCCCACCCAUCUACAGCGGCACAGAAACAGGCCCACCCAUCUACAGCGGCACAGAAACAGACCCACCCAUCUACAGCGGCACAGAAACAGGUCCACCAAUUUACAUCGGCAAAGAAACAGGCCCACUCAUCUACAGCGGCACAGAAACAGGUCCACCCAUCUACAGCGGCACAGAAAUGGGCCCACCCAUCUACAGCGGCACAGAAACAGGUCCACCAAUUUACAUCGGCACAGAAACAGGCCAACCCAUCUACAAUGGCACAGAAACAGGCCCACCCAUCUACAAUGGCACAGAAACAGGUCCACCCAUGUACAUGUACAGUGGCAUAGAAACAUGCCCACACAUUGCAAAGGCACGGAAACAAGCCCACCCAUCUACAGCGGCACGGAAACAAGCCCACCCAUCUACAGCGGCACAGAAACAGGCCCACCCAUCUACAGCGGCACAGAAACAGGCCCACUCAUCUACAGCGGCACAGGAACAGGCCCACCCAUCUAAAGCGGCACAGAAACAGGCCCACCCAUCUACAGCGGCACAGAAACAGGCCCACCCAUUUACAGCGACACAGGAGCAGGCCCACCCAUCUACAGCGGCACAGAAACAGGCCCACCAAUUUACAGCGGCACAGAAACAGGCCCACCAAUUUACAUCAGCACAGAAACAGGCCCACCAAUUUACAUAG